UUGAUACAGCAAUCUUCUUAUUCCAAAAAAUGAUCGACGAGAAAGACGUUGGGCAAAACCGACACAGCGUUCUCAGAUUAUACCUGACUAUUGCAGGAUUGUGGCCUUAUCACAGACUUCGCAAUAGAUGUAUUUGCUUCGUGACGUUGUUUGUACUCAGCUUUAGUAUUCUGAUACCUCAGAUACUUUAUUUACUAAUCGGCCCGAUCACUCUCGAUGACAUAUUUGAGUGUGUGCCAUCAGCAAUCAUCAGUUUAAUAUUCAGCUUUAAAAUAAUGGUUAUAAUGUUAAAUAGCGAAAAAGUAAAGAUUUGUUUUAACAUGAUACAAAAGGACUGGCUGUCACUGAAUACAGAUGGAGAAAAGAUUAUUUUACAACGACAUACUAAGUAUGGACAGUACCUAGCAACAUUUUAUGCAGUUUUCAUGCACUCGACGGCAUGCCUUUUCGUGCUUAAACCAGUUAUGCUGACCUUGAUGGUGAAUGACAUCCUCAAUGUGACAAAAUCUUCCAUACCAUUCGCAUCGAGAUUACCCUUUCACGUGGAAUACGGCGAGAGAAUCAAUCAGUACGUAUAUCCGAUAGCGGUGCAUUGUUACACGGCCGUGUUCGCUCACUCCUUCGCCACAAUCGCGGUCGACGGCUUGUAUUACACUUUGAUUCAACAUGCUUGUGGAAUGUUCUCAAUUAUCGGAAACGUACUGGAGAAUACUGGCAAAAAUAAUGCGAGCGAUUUUGACGCAAAACCCGACAAGGCAAAAGACGACAAUUAUAACAGAACUUUACAAUGUUUACGUAGACAUCUCGUUGUGAUAGAAUUUACGGAACACAUUGAAUCUUUGUUUACGGAGAUAUUUCUUUUAAAUCUUAAUUUAAACAUGGUCGGUGGCAGUUUAGCCGGGAUACAAGUGUUGAUGAAUUUAAACAAAGGUAUAAAUGACAUCGCCGGGCCCGUAACUAUCUAUAUCGCGCAACUGAUUCAUUUAUUUCUUCAUUUCUGGCAAGCUCAAUUUCUACUGGACUACAGCGUCGUUCCGUACGAAUCUAUCUGCAAGGCGAAUUGGUAUUACACUUCGCAAAGAUGUCGAAAACUUCUUCUACUAAUGAUGUGCAGAACGAUAACGCCAUGCAAAAUAACGGCUGGUAAAUUAGUGAUUUUAUCCAUCGACACCUUCGCCACGGUUGUGAAAACUUCUCUGUCUUAUCUCACCGUAUUCCGUUCCAUCCAGGAUUGAUUUAGCACAUCUGUGUAUUUAGUCGAAACCCCCUAAAUUAAAACACUGUUCUCUCUAAUGCAAUAAAAAUCCAAUGUAUUAUUAGUAA